GCCGAAACGACGGCGAUGGCGAAGCUUCAGCUCCAGCUCCGGUUUCAGCUCGGGCAGCAACGUUCGCCGGCGCUCGCGCCGCCGUCUCCGUCGCGAGCUCCCACUCCGGGGCUUCGCGUCCGGCCUCUCUCGAGCUCUUCCGCCGCCUUCCCCGCCGCCCCCGCCGCCGCCCGUCCCGAGAGGCUCCGCGUCGUCCUCCUCCGUCCGGUCUCCGAUCCGCGGCGCCGGCCGCCGUGUCGAAUGAGCGGCUCGGAUUUGAUACCGCAGCUCGAGCUCGAGAAGCCGGAGCAGAGGCCGGUGAAGCGCGCGAAUGGGAUUUUCUGGAUUAUACUCUUGAACCUUGGAAUUUACGUAGCGGAUCACUUGUUUCAGGUCUGGGGAAUCAAAAGUCUCUACUUGUACCACAAUCGGCCUACUUGGUACCAGUUUGUGACAGCAACAUUCUGCCAUGCCGAUUGGAACCAUCUCUCAAGCAACCUCUUCUUCUUGUACAUAUUUGGUAAACUUGUUGAGGAAGAGGAAGGAAAUUUCGCUUUAUGGUUUUCCUACAUUCUAACUGGGGCUGGAGCAAACCUUGUCUCAUGGCUUCUUUUACCAAGAAAUUCAGUUUCUGUUGGAGCCUCAGGUGCUGUUUUUGGAUUAUUUGCCAUUAGUGUGCUUGUGAAGAUGUCAUGGGACUGGAGGAAGAUCCUUGAAGUGCUCAUAUUGGGCCAGUUUGUUAUAAAGAGGGUGAUGGAAGCAGCUCAAGCUUCGGCAGGGUUUUCAGCCUCUCUGCAAGGAAAUUAUGCCUUACAGAGUAUUAAUCACAUAGCGCAUCUCUCUGGCGCUCUUAUCGGCGUGCUUCUAGUAUGGCUUCUCAGCAGAGUUCCGCCGGAAUCUCCUAACCAGGAUAAGUCGACUUUCCAGAGGAAAAUGGAUGGAAAUUAAAUAUUCAAAUGUGAUCAUACAUGUAAAAUUUCCCCUUCUUGUAAUUGUCUGAUUGUCUCAAACUAGAACAGUCCUCAUUCAUACCUUCGAUUCCUUUUACUUGCUAGUAAAAUGUUCACGAUGAACGGAUCUUCACAAAGUGGCUGUAUACAGACCGUUGCCCUUUGAAGGUUCAUUUUCAUUUGUUUUGACA